GUGGAAGAUGUCUCUCUCCGUGGCGUCUGCGGCGGUGGUGGCUAGGUUGGGGCUGGAGGCGAAGGCUCCGGCGGCUUAAGAUCUUUCCAUUUGGAAGCUACAAAAAACAGAAUAAAAUAAGUUUUGGUUGUUUAAGUGGUCAUGGCUCAGAUUUCCAGCAAUAAUGGAUUUAAGCAGUGUUCAUCUUCACAUCUGGAACAGACAAGAACAAAAGAGGUGGACAAAGAAGAAGCAUUACAGAUGGAAGCAGAUGCACUAGCCAAGCUGCAAAAGGACAGACAAGUGACUGAUAAUCAAACAAGCUUUGUGUUGUCAAACAGUACCAAACAAAAAGCACAAGUUUAUAACAAACAUGAUUUUGAUCUCAUGGUGUUUCCUGAAUCAGAUACCAAAAAAAGAGCAGUAGAUAUUGAUGUGGAAAAGCUCACCCAAACUGAACUAGAGAAAAUAUUGCUGGAUGACAGUUUCGAGACUAGAACACCUGUAUUGCCAGUUACUCCUGUUCUGAGCCCUUCAUUUUCAGCACAGCUCUAUCUUAGACCAACUAUUCAAAGAGGACAAUGGACACCUGGAUUGUCGGGACCUUCCACUUUUGCUUUGCCUUCUAUUUAUCAUUCGACUUAUAGUAGUAAACAGACUGCAUUCCAGAAUGGCUUAAGUCCAAGGUUGCCUACUACUUUUCCAUCUACAGAACCGAUAUAUUUAAGUCUUCCAGGACAGUCUCCAUACUUUUCGUAUCCUUUGGCACCAGCUGCUUCCUUUCAUCCACAAGCAUGUUUACCUAUCUAUCGUCCAGUAGUCAGUCCUGACAUGGCAAAAUUGUUUGACAAAAUAGCUAGCACUUCAGAAUUUUUAAAAAAUGGAAAGGCUAGGACUGAUUUAGAGAUUAAUUCAAAAGCUACAAUGAAUAAUCUACAGGCAUCUCCAAAGUGUGAAGAUAUUAGUAAAUUUGAUUGGUUAGACUUGGAUCCUUUAAGUAAGCCAAAGGUGGACAAUGUAGAAGUGUUAGAACAUGAAGAAGAGAAAAUUGUGUCAGGUUUAUUAGUAGAAGAUCCUUGGGAUGCUGUUCUUCUUGAAGAGAGAUCACUAGCAAAUAGUAAUCAUGAAAGAAAGGUCAAUGGAAAAUCUCUUUCUGGAGCAACUGUAACUAGAAGCCAAUCUUUAAAUAUUCGAACAUCUCAGCUUAUAAAAAUCCCAGGACAAAUACCUCAGAAAGACCCAAAUGGAACCAGUAGUUUGCUGACUGAAAGUUCUCAUCUACGAGAAACUGAAGCACAGAAUGGAGAGGUCACAGCUUUUUGUCAGUCCAUUACAAAUUUGAAGACCAGCUUUCCAUAUACCAACCGCUGCACAAAUCCAGGUUACUUGUUAAGUCCCGUCACAGUGCAAAGAAAUGUAUGUGGAGAAAAUACUAGUGUGAAGGUCUCCAUUGAAAUUGAAGGAUUUCAACUACCAGUUACUUUUACAUGUGAUGUGAGUUCUACUGUAGAAAUCAUCAUAAUGCAAGCCCUUUGCUGGGUCCAUGAUGACUUAAAUCAAGUAGAUGUUAGCAACUAUGUUCUGAAAGUUUGUGGUCAAGAGGAAGUAUUGCAGAAUAAUCAUUGCCUUGGAAGUCAUGAACAUAUUCAAAACUGUCGAAAAUGGGAUACAGAAAUUAAACUACAGCUCUUAACCUUCAGUGCAAUGUGCCAAAAUUUGGCUCGAACAGCAGAAGAUGAUGAAACACCUGUGGAUUUAAAUAAACACCUCCAUCAAAUAGAGAAACCUUAUAAAGAAGUUGUGACAAGACACCCUGUUGAAGAUCUGCUAGAUUCUUAUCAUAAUCAAGUAGAACUGGCUCUUCAAAUGGAGAACCAGCACCGAGUGGUAGAUCAGGUAAUUAAAGUUGUACGAAAAAUCUGUAGUGCUUUGGAUGGUGUCGAGACUCUUGCCAUUACUGAAGCAAUAAAGAAGUUAAAGAGAUCUGUCAAUCUUCCACGGAGUAAAAGUUCUGGCGUGACUUCAUUGUCUGGAAAUGGAGACAAUAGGAGUUCAUCUGAGGGCUCAUUGAAUCCUGAAAAUCCUGUUCAAAUAAGUUUAGACCAGUUAACAGCAGCAAUUUAUGAUCUUCUCAGACUCCAUGCAUUUUCUGUUUGGAGUCCUGCAGAUAUUGCCCAAAGUGAUAGAAAUGUCAAGGAAGCAUGGACUACAACAGAACAACUCCAAUUUACUAUUUUUGCUGCACAUGGAAUUUCAAGUAACUGGGUAUCAAAUUAUGAAAAAUACUACUUGAUGUGUUCCCUGUCUCACAAUGGAAAGGAUCUUUUUAAACCUAUUCAGUCAAAGAAGGUUGGCACUUAUAAGAAUUUCUUCUAUCUUAUUAAAUGGGAUGAACUAAUCAUUUUUCCCAUCCAGAUAUCACAGUUGCCAUUGGAAUCACUUCUUCACCUUACUCUUUUUGGAAUUUUAAAUCAGAGCAGUGGAAGUUCCCCUGAUUCUAAUAAGCAGAGAAAGGGGCCAGAAGCUUUGGGCAAAGUUUCUUUACCACUUUUUGACUUUAAACGGUUUUUAACAUGUGGGACUAAGCUUCUAUAUCUUUGGACUUCAUCACAUACAAAUCAUAUUCCUGGAACAGUUCCCAAAAAAGGAUGCGUGAUGGAAAGAAUAGUGUUACAGGUUGAUUUUCCUUCUCCUACGUUUGACAUCAUUUAUACCACUCCACAAGUUGACAGAAGUAGUAUACAACAUCACAACUUUGAAACACUGGAGAAAGAUAUCAAAGGGAAACUUCUUGACAUUCUUUCUAGAGAAUCAUCCUUUGGACUUUCUAAAGAAGAUAAAGCAUUUUUAUGGGAGAAACGUUACUAUUGUCUAAAAUAUCCAAGUUGUCUUCCUAAAGUACUAGCAAGUACCCCAAACUGGAAAUGGGCUAAUCUUACCAAAAUAUACUCAUUGCUUCAGCAGUGGCCUCCAUUGCCUCCAUUGACAGCAUUUGAGCUUCUUGAUUCAAAAUUUGCUGAUCAGGAAGUGAGGUCUCUAGCUGUGAACUGGAUUGAACCUAUUAGUGAUGAUGAGCUAACAGAUCUACUUCCACAGUUCGUACAGGCAUUGAAAUAUGAAAUUUACUUGAAUAGUUCUCUAGUGCGCUUCCUUUUGUCCAGGGCAUUGGGAAAUAUACGUAUAGCACAUAAUUUAUAUUGGCUUCUCAAGGAUGCACUGCAUGACGCACACUUUGGUGCUCGAUAUGAACAUGUUUUGGGUGCUCUCCUCUCAGUAGGAGGAAAAGGACUCAGAGAAGAACUUCUGAAACAGACAAAACUUGUGCAGCUUUUAGGAGGAGUAGCAGAAAAAGUAAGGCAAGCUACUGGAUCAACCAGACAGGUCGUUCUCCAAAGGAGUAUGGAAAGAGUACAGUCCUUUUUUCUAAAAAAUAAAUGUCGACUCCCUCUAAAUCCAAGUCUCGUGGCAAAAGAAUUAAAUAUUAAGUCUUGUUCCUUCUUCAGUUCUAAUGCUGUGCCCUUGAAAGUUGCAAUGGUAAAUGCUGAUCCACUGGGGGAAGAAAUUAAUGUCAUGUUUAAGGUUGGUGAAGAUCUUCGGCAAGAUAUGUUAGCUCUACAGAUGAUAAAAAUUAUGGACAAGAUCUGGCUUAAAGAAGGACUAGAUUUGAGGAUGGUUAUUUUCAAAUGUCUCUCUACUGGCAGAGAUCGAGGUAUGGUGGAGCUGGUUCCUGCUUCAGAUACCCUCAGAAAAAUUCAAGUGGAAUAUGGUGUGACAGGAUCCUUUAAAGAUAAACCACUUGCGGAAUGGCUGAGAAAAUACAAUCCCUCUGAAGAGGAAUAUGAAAAGGCUUCUGAAAAUUUCAUCUAUUCUUGCGCUGGGUGCUGUGUAGCCACCUAUGUUUUAGGCAUCUGUGAUCGACACAAUGACAAUAUAAUGCUUCGAAGCACAGGACACAUGUUUCACAUUGACUUUGGAAAAUUUUUGGGUCACGCACAGAUGUUUGGUAGCUUCAAAAGGGACCGGGCUCCUUUCGUAUUGACUUCUGAUAUGGCAUAUGUCAUUAAUGGGGGUGAAAAGCCUACCAUUCGUUUCCAGUUGUUUGUGGACCUUUGCUGUCAGGCCUACAACUUGAUAAGAAAACAGACAAAUCUCUUCCUUAAUCUUCUUUCACUGAUGAUUCCCUCAGGAUUACCAGAACUUACAAGUAUUCAGGAUUUAAAAUAUGUUAGAGAUGCUCUUCAGCCACAAACUACAGAUGCAGAAGCCACUAUUUUCUUCACUAGGUUAAUUGAAUCCAGUUUGGGAAGCAUCGCCACAAAGUUUAACUUCUUCAUUCACAAUCUUGCUCAGUUGCGUUUUUCUGGCCUGCCUUCCAAUGACGAACCCAUUCUUUCAUUUUCACCCAAAACAUUCUCCUUUCGACAAGAUGGUCGAAUCAAGGAAGCCUCUGUUUUCACUUAUCAUAAGAAAUACAAUCCAGAUAAACAUUAUAUUUAUGUAGUUCGAAUUUUGAGGGAAGGACAACUUGAGCCAUCAUUUGUAUUCCGGACAUUUGACGAGUUUCAGGAGCUUCACAAUAAGCUCAGUAUUAUUUUUCCUCUUUGGAAGCUUCCAGGCUUUCCUAAUAGGAUGGUUCUAGGAAGAACACACAUAAAAGAUGUAGCAGCCAAAAGAAAAAUAGAGUUAAACAGUUAUUUGCAGAAUUUAAUGAGUGCCUCAACAGAAGUAGCAGAGUGUGAUCUAGUUUGUACUUUUUUCCACCCUUUACUUCGUGAUGAGAAAGCUGAAGGAAUAGCUAGGUCUGCAGGUGCAGGUCUCUUCAGUCCUACUCCAGGCCAGAUAGGGGGAGCAGUGAAGUUAUCUGUCUCUUACCGAAAUGGCACUCUUUUCAUCAUGGUGAUGCACAUCAAAGAUCUUGUUACUGAAGAUGGGGCUGACCCAAAUCCAUAUGUCAAAACAUACCUGCUUCCAGAUACCCACAAAACAUCCAAACGUAAAACAAAAAUUUCGCGAAAAACACGGAAUCCAACAUUCAAUGAAAUGCUUGUGUACAGUGGAUACAGUAAAGAAACCCUAAAACAGAGAGAACUUCAACUAAGUGUUCUCAGUGCAGAAUCUCUACGAGAGAAUUUUUUCUUGGGUGGAAUAACACUACCUUUGAAAGAUUUCAACUUGAGCAAAGAAACAGUUAAGUGGUAUCAGCUAGCAGCAGCAACAUAUUUAUAAGCUUUGGAAACAAGAACAGUUAUAAUGACUUGCGCAUAGAACUUUGUAUAGUAUUUUUAUACCUGGACAGAAAUCAUAAAGUAAAAGUACUUACUGUAUUUUUAGCACAUCUGAUGGACCAACAUUCACAUAACUUUCAUGGAUUUGUUCUAUUUUAAAGCCAUUGCUUGUUUUAAAAUCAAUAUAUAGAAUGCUGUAAACCCUAAACUUAAUAUAUAAUGAGUACUGAAAAAGACUUUGAGUUGGUGAAGGAUUUAAUCAUUCUUGAAAAAGGAAAAUAGCUUUAGUUUGGUCUGAUAGUCCUGUCAGGUAAGCCUAUUAUUUUGCAUUGUUUCAUAAAAACAGCAUGUUUGUUUCCCUGAUGUGCACCUUUCAUAACCUUCACCUCUGUGUAUAUUUGCAAACACCAAAGGAAAGGAAAGGUGCAGGAUGUUACUAUAAAAUACAGCUGCUAUUCAAGGGUCUGAAAGCAAAGCACAAAUAAUAGAUUGCUAAGAACUACUAAGUAGUUGAUAGUAGAGAAAAAUAUUACCGCUUUUUAUUAAUGUCUUUAAAGCAUUCUUCAGAAUAAGUGCCAAUCACUGAAGUUGUAAAUACUGGUGCCUUAACUUCUUAUAGUUCUUUGGCACUUCAUUCUGAUUUUUCCUUGACCUAAAUCGUUAGUAAGUAGUUUUCACUUAUUGUCAACUUAUAAAGACAAGAAACUAUAUACACUUAAUAAUCCUUUUCCCUUGAAUAAGUUUUUGUUUUAAUGUAUGAUUUCAUUAUUUAAACAUCUAUUUAUGUUUUGAUUUUUUUUGUUUGUUUAUUCAGUAAUUACAUGAGCUUCACUAAUGUGGCUGUACACUAAAUUCUGCCAUUCCAUUAUAAUUGUAUUUUUUUUCCACGAGUAUGAGUUUGGUGAUUUCAACUUUAUAUAUAUGUAUUCCACUCUCACUAAAUAUGUGAAAAUCGUUAACCCAUGUGCCCAUUCCUGUUUGCAAGAAAAACACUAUAAGUAAGGCAGCUUCACAAGAGGCCUAGAAUAAGAAUUCUAGGGUCCAGACUGAGUUUUAAUAUAGACUUCUGUGAUAGUUUGUCUUGUAAGCUUGCUUACUUACAUUUGUAAACAUGGUCCAGUUAUCUGAAUUUACUAAUAUAAUGAGAUUCAGAAUCAUAAGGGACAUUAUUGAAAUUGUACUAGCCAUUAAUAAGAUUAAAUUUUUGUUACUCAGCUUUACAAUUUGUGUUCCUGUUGGAUAAAUAAUGUAUAUAUGAUAUUAAUUCUCAUGGUUAGACUAGAAAGCCACAUGGUUUUUCUGGUUUGUUUGUUCAUUUUGUGUUUUGGGCCAUAUCCGGUGGUGCAUAGGGGCUACUUCUGACAUGGUGCUCAGGGGUUGUUCCUGACCAUGCCCGGGAUGCAUUGCUGGGGAUCAAACUCAUGCCUCCAGCUUGCAAAGCAUGCACACUGGCCUGUGCGCUAUCUCCUAAAAAGUGUCCAAAGUCAGACACUCCUUAAAUGGUAAUAAAGAUUGUAGCGAUCUAGUUAGGAAAUAACUGACAAAAUAGGUAAAGAUGAGAACCAGAAGAAAAACGACAAUCUCCAAUUUAGUUGCCCAGAACAGAAUUUUUUAUGAACUGUGCAGAUGUGUAAAUGGUGAUACCAACAGAGCAGAAAUGAGUUGAGAAUUAUCAGUGGGGCAGAUUAAAAAUAAAAAAACAAACUUGAAAAUUUUGGUGCCUAACACUAAUGGUCCAUUUGUAGAUGACCCUGUGAGUAUGAUAUAUAUAAGGAUGCCUUUUAUUUUUAAUGUUAAAUGUGUUGACUAUUUAUAAGUUAAUUAAAAUGCAAAUUAAAGUCCAUCGUUUAUUUGCUUUUUCCAGUUAACAUUUCCUUGAAGUGUGUAAGUAGCUUUACAGUUGUAAAGAAUAUUAAUUAUUUUUCACUUAGGAUUUCAGACCUAAUUCAUUCCAUAAUUUGUCACUUAGCCACUGUAAAAAAUAAAAAUUAAGAGAAAGACAGUUUUUGGUUAAAGUUAUUUGUUAAUUAGAUUUCAAGGUAUACUGCCUAUUUGCAGUUUGUUACAGCUCUGUCUUAUAGCACAAAUACUACUUAAAAAAUAAGUCACUUUUCAGUAAGAAAUCAAGAUUCUUAAAAGUGUAUAUGACGAUAAUUGCUGUAUAGUUAACCAGAGUUCAUAACAAAUGAUACUAUUUACUGUUAAUUUAACUCAUGUCGUGCCUUCUUUGCGUAUUAAAAACACAUGCAUAUAAUUUACAUCUAUUUUAGUAAUAGAAGUUAUUUCUUUGAAAUACUAAUCUCCAGCCCUUACCAAAAAACCAAAACAAAAAAGGGAUGCAGGAACCUCUUUGCACUACUAUUAUCAAUAGAUUUUAAGUCAGCUGUUUUUAAAAAUAUUUUUACAAUUUUUUUACAAAAAAGUUAAUCUAAAACAAAAGUUUAAUAUGGCCCAAACAUAAAUUUUUAUGUUUAAUCACAAUUUUUAUACCUACCUUUAUUGGAUAAAAAAUGUAACAUGUUAUUCCUAUAACAAUUCUUUUUUAUUGCCAGUAUUUUGGGAUUUGAAAAUAAAGGCUUUACUCCAAAAACUAUUGUUUUCUCUACUGCAGAAUCCAACUUUGAAUUUGCACUGACAUUUUUAUUCCACCUUUAUAUGAAUAUAUAAGUAUCUGAAUGUUAGGCAUAUAUGAUUUUGGUAAAGCAUUAUAUAAAUCUUUCCAAAUUGGUCAUGUCAAAUUUACAGUAGCUUGCCUUAACUUGGUUGACUGUUCUAUUGUGGCAUUUAAAAAAGAAAACAUUACAUUUCAAUGUUUAGACGUAAGAUCAAAAGGGACUAAAUCCUAACUACCUUAAUUCAUAGUCACUUACACAUUCUUUUUUAACUAUCACUGCAAAUAUGAAUGAAUAUAUUAGUCUCAUCUCUAAGAACCAAAUACUUUAUAUUAAGGUAGUGAGAAAGAUGUAUAAUUAUUUUUAUUAAUACCUUGAAUAUAUUUAGUGGUUUGAAUGUGACUUCAUAACUGUAUUACAAUUGUAUAAAAUAUUUCUGGAAUAAAUGAGUUCUGCUCUAA